AAAUUGGGUUUGGGCGUUAGUGGAUGAUCUUGAUGCAUUUAACCAAUUUCCGUGGGGGGAGUAUAGUUAUAAUUUGUUGUGUCAUAACACAACAAAGUGCAUGUCCAAAAAAAAAUUAUAAAUUCUAUGGACCUGUUUGGGCGUUGCACGUGUGGUCGCUUGAGAUCAUGCCCGACUUUGGUAAUGUGGUUGGCAAGUGUGUUGCUGAGUUUGCUCACCCUCGAUGUUUGAAGUGGAAGUUUCGGAGUAGACCGGGUAGGAAUGAUUUACAGUCAUUUUUCGAGAAAGAGGAGCAAGAGAGAUUGGAGUUGGUCCCAGAUGAAUUUGAAGUCACCACUAUGUACUACUUGUCUACCGUUGGAAUUUAUAUGGGGGCACAGUAUAACGAAGGCCAUAAUCAAGAUUUUCAGGACAUCCCUAUCCAAGGUGAAGAGCCAGAACAAGAAUAUGAAGUGGCAUUGCAUGACACCAUUGUACAGGAGGAAGAAGUGUCUCUGCAUGAUAUACAUAUUCAUGCGCAUGAUUUGCCCGCGACAGGGAUGGAUAGACGGGCGCGGAGUUCAUCCUCCCGCGAAGGGGGUUCUCGUGGACGAGCUAGGGAAAAACGUGUUCGGUCACCUACUACAUCUUCAUCCUCUAGUAGCGGCGAUCAUAGUAACCGACCUGUAGACCGUGCCUAUCUAGAUGCCACUGUGAGGAGGAUGGAAGAGGCACAUGAAGAGAGAUUGAAGCGGCACAGCGAAUCUAUAGAGGCACGGGUGAAGAGGACUUUGAAGGAGUUUUUAGUGGAACUGAAGGGAUUUUUAAGUUGUAAGAGUGUUCAAGCUAGGGAUGUACAUUCCCCUGCUCCUCGACCUACACCGGCAUCCGAGGCAAGACAUUUUGAUGAUAUACGAGACGAGGGUGCCGAGGAAGGCGAUGAUAUAUGAGACGAGGGUGCCGAGGAAGGCGAUGUUCCUCGUGAUGAUAAUGUGACACAAUCGCCAUAUGUUCCACAGUUUUCUCAGUUUGAGUGUGGGAGCACAUCUUUUUUGGGCACUGAUGCCGAGAUCCCUCGUUUCUCCAACCCAAUUGAUCAAAUGAGAGCAUGUUUUGAUUACAUGGGAGAGGAGAUGGUUAGUUUUGGAGAGCCCUCCCAAUGCAUUGAGACGCCGGUAUUGCCCCGUAGAAGUACACGUCAGAGAUUCCCAUCUCAACAGUUGGAGUCCCCGUAUGAUGCAUCGGGAGAACCCAGACUAGUUUCAACAAAGGAGUUGGAUAACUUCAGGUCCUUCCUUAAUGGAAACGAUUCUGGGGCAACCGUGCUGGAAAGUAACCAUAAGCUAUCGAAGAAUUGGUUCAAGAGCAUACUAAAGCCCGAUGCUUCUCUUCAUCAGGAUGUUUUGGAGUUGUUCAUAUUGAGCUUGCAAUCCAAGUUGAUGCAUCGGGUUUCUCUUCUCCCAUUUGUUAAACCCGAAAACACGAUGAUAUCCUCUUUUGAUUUAUAUCGAGUUUGUGAGCAAUAUUGGGGUCGUUGCUUCUUUAGUACAAAGUUGAACCAUGCUAUUCCUGGUUCAUACGAAUCAUUUCAUGAUUGGGUUGUCCCACAAUCCAUCAUAGCCAUGAUUCAAGGAGUGAACGGUUCAUCAACGGCUCAAAAUUGGUUUGGUGCCACUCAGAUCGUUGUUCCAUGUCGGAUUAAAGCACAUUACGUGGUUGUUAGAAUAUGCCCGGGACCUUGGGAGGCCGAGUUACACGAUCCACUAUUUUAUGGUAUGGAUGACACAAGAAAGCAAGAGCGUGUAGCCGAAAUCCAAAGUUUGUUGAGCUUGUUUGGAAAGAUUUUGGAGGAUGUUGGGUAUUGGACGUCGAAUGUGUAUGGAUGGGAAAGGAAGACUUGUCCAUUGACAUUGUAUAUCCCUGGACCGGACGAGCAGUUCAGUCAAAAGGAUACUGUUUUGUCUGGGCCUUUUGCUUGCAUGGUGAUGGAGCGCGUACUUUCCGAUUCUCCUAGUAUUACUUGGGGCAACACCCGAGUGAAAAAAUACAGGGAGAUUAUUGCUGCAAGUGUUUUUAGUAUGUGUGUUAUUGAUUAGAUUUAGUAUCCGUCUUGUUAAUUUGAUUAUGAAGACUUUGAGAACUAAAGUGCUACACGGAACAACUGAAAUCGUAUGUUUAUUUGUUGUAUUGCUGCGCAUAUUAACCAUAUUUCAUCA